CAGUAGACCCGCCGGGCCGCCAGCCAGCGCAGCGCCAUGGGAAACUCGACGGGCAGCACCGUGGACGACCUGCAGGCCGUGGAGAUGCACCUGUGGUACAAGAAGUUCAUGACGGAGUGCCCCUCCGGCCAGCUCACCCUGCACGAGUUCAAGCAGUUCUUCGGCCUGAGGGGCCUGGACCCCGAGGCCAACGCCUACAUCGAGCAGAUGUUCCGGACGUUCGACAUGAACAAGGACGGAUACAUCGACUUCAUGGAGUACGUGGCGGCGCUCAGCCUGGUCAUGCGGGGGAAGAUGGAGCACAAGCUGCGCUGGUACUUCAAGCUGUACGACGUGGACGGGAACGGCUGCAUCGACCGGCACGAGCUCCUCAACAUCAUCAAGGCCAUCCGAGCCAUCAACGGGAACGAAAACCACGAGACCACGGCGGAGGAUUUCACCAACAGCGUGUUUGACAGGAUCGAUAUAAACGGGGACGGCGAGCUUUCCCUGGACGAGUUCGUGGCGGGCGCCCGGAGUGACGAGGACUUCAUGGAGGUGAUGAUGAAGAGCGUGGACCUGAGCCACAUCGUGGCCAUGAUCCACAGCAGGAGGCGCAGCGUGUAGGAGCCUCUUCCUCCUCCUCCUC